AUAACAAAAGUCAAAGAAGGCCCAAGGAGCGUGGUGGCGGAGGAGGCGGCGGCGGGGCGGGGAAUGGCCGAUGUUCGUCGGUGGCUGCCAUUGUAUAACGCCGAUGGGCAGACUAUAGAUCCGCGCUAGGAUCCAAUCUCGAAUAAGAUGCAUCUGAACCAUGCGACCGCCGCCACGGCGGCCAUGGCCAACUAUCAGCACUACCAGCUGCCAGCCUCACAUGGCGGCGGAGCCAAUGGUGGCUCUGGACCGGGUCCCAAUUCCGGCCAGCAGCAGCCCACCACCCUGGCCAGCCUGCAGCAGAGCCCCUUUGCCCUGCACCAACUGACCGCCGUGCAGGCCAUCCAACAUCCCACCCACCAGGCCAUGCUCCAUCCACAGCACCCGCUGGUCCACCUGCUGGACAUAUCCACCACCACGGCGAAUAGCGGCAACGGCGGUGGCGGCAAUCACACGCCCAUCUCGCCCAUGAAACAGGAGGUGCAGAGCGUCAUCAGUGAGGAGGAGGUGGUGGUGGAUGAUCCGCGCAAGAAGAAGCAGUGCCACGUGUGCAAAAACAAGUUCCGGCAACUGACCACGUUACGCAACCACAUGAAGAUCCACACGGACGAGCGGCCCUACAAGUGCAAGCACUGCGACAAGGCCUUCCGCCAGAUCUCGACGCUGACCAACCACGUGAAGAUCCACACCGGCGAGAAGCCGUUCACCUGCAACAUCUGCGCCAAGGACUUCCGCCAGCAGAGCACCUUGAUCAAUCACAUCAAGACGCACAAGGCGGCGGAGUCCAGCACGCCGACGUCCCUGCUGAACUACCAGCCGCAAACAGGCAGUGGCAAGCACAGGAAGUCGCAGAUGCAUCAGGUCUACCAGCAGCAGCAUCAGCGCGUCCAAAUCUCAAAGACCUUGUACUCCGGCAGCUAUAGCUCGCCGGCGGCCGAGGAGCUGGUGAAGCCGUUCCAGUGCAGCGUCUGCAAGCGCCGCUUCCCGCAGCUAAGCACGCUGCACAACCACGAGCGGACCCACAUCGAUCCCAAGCCGUACAAGUGCGAGACGUGCGACAAGUCCUUCAGCCAGCAGGCGACGCUGGCCAACCACAAGAAGAUCCACACGGGCGACAAGCCGUAUACGUGUUCCUACUGCCACAUGCAGUUCCGCCAGCAGAGCACCCUCACCAACCACCUCAAGACGCACACGCACCAGAUCGCGCCUGGUGGCGGCGGAGCAGGAGGCGGCGGAGGCGCCGUCACAGCCACAGUGGAUCACUCAAUGCCCGCUCCCCUGGCGCCCGGGACGCAGCAGCUGACGAGUGGGCUGCUGCCAAACAACCUGCACGGCAGCACGCCGAACAUCAUCCAGCUGGACCACCAUCCGCUACUGCAUUUCCUCGAUGGCAGCACCACGGUAAGCUCGGUGGUGGCCACGGCGGCGGCCAACACUAAGGUGGAGCACUUCCAGGCGGGCGGGUCACCGCCGGGCCGCAUGACCGUGGUGGGCAACAUCAACAUGCUGAAGGGUGACAAUCCGGACCGGCCGUUCGGCUGCAGCGUUUGCCAGCGGUUCUUCUCGCAGCAGAGCACCCUGGUCAAUCACAUCAAGACGCACACCGGCGAGAAGCCGUACAAGUGCAAGAUCUGCGAGGUCAACUUCCGGCAGGUGGCCACGCUCAACAACCACAUGAAGAUCCACACCGGCGAAAAGCCCUACAACUGUUCCUACUGCCCCAAACAGUUCCGGCAAAAGAGCACGCUGCAGAACCACCUUAGGGUGCACACCUGCUAGACCCAAUCCCGAUCCAGAUCGCGACGCGAUCCAGGUCCGCAGCCAGCCAGCCAGUCUAGCAGCCAUUGAGGAAUAGUGCAAUAUGCAUGCCACAUAGCACAUACACUUAUAGAUCGCAUAUACGGCAUACGAAUACGAUUACAUGAAUACUAUAUUUGAAUAUAUACUCGAAAGUGUUAUUUACCUGCUGUGCAGAGCGCAAUUGUAUGUAACUAUAUCGUAGAGAGCUGAUCCACAUGCGUGUCCAAUUGUAAAUUAAGGCUAGCCGUAUUCGCAUAAGCCACGAAUGAUAUGAUACAGGGUGUUUAAGCCUAAACUUUAUUCUAUUCUUGAGUGGGUCGAUUUGAGCCAUUGCAAAAAUGUAUCUUUAGAUGCUUCUAAGCCGAUUAGCCUAAAAAGUUUUUAUUUUUUACAAGCUUUGAUGUUCUUCCCUUUUUAAAACUCCAUAUUGUAAAUUAUACAUAGGAAUAAUUCCUGGUUUUGAAAAAGAAACACAUACGAAAAUUUAAAAUAAAUUAAGCCGACACCAAGGUCGUUUAUGUUUUACACCUGUUUUGUUGUAAGCCAAACAAAUCCAGUACAUUAUCACUUGGUCAUUGCUAGAAAAUAACCUUAAUAUUUUCUUUUUAUACAAGAUUAGUAUUUCCUUUACAAGGAAUUUGUUUUAUAAAGAGGAAUCGUUAUUAUUUUAUGGUAUAAUAUAUUUUAAAAUAUUCUCCACUUAGGCGAAAUGGUUUAGAGUUGUCAAAAAGAUUGCUUUUGCGGCCAAGCGUAUUUCUUAAACAAAUCGAUCCACACCAAAUCUAUCCCCACUGCAACUGUUGUCACCCAUGCCCCCAGUCCCCUCGAUCCUUACCAAUUAGUUCCGAGUAUCGGCUUCUCAGCUUUCCUCGUCGUGUUAAAUGUUAAACCCGCCAGCAAAGUAAAGUAAAAUAAUUAAAAGUAAAACCAGUUAUUGCUAUACUGUGUGUAAUCCCCGCCCGCUCUAAACUUACAUAAGGCGUCAUCGGAAGCGAAACAAACCGAAACGAAAAAAAGCAACUAUUUAAAUAAGUGUACUCUUAGCGCAUAUUUAGCAGCAUCUUCUACUCACAUGACUUCAAGCGGAGCAAAGGCGAUCGCAUAAAUAAUCAAUAAUAAAUUUAAUGAACGAAGAAAUGAAAACCGGGUCGCUUAAAGAACAAAAACUUAGAAAACGGAGAGACAAGAGUCCCUAAAUUAAGUGAAUCGAUGAGAAAAGAAAACGAGUAAAACCAGCUAUAAUUGAAUUGACAGAGAUCGAUCGUAAAUGUUGUAGAGAAUAUAUAGUAUAUAUAAAAAUAUAUAUAAACUACUUGUAAAUGUAAGCGAAGCGAAAAGCUAAAACAACAAUAAAACAUGCAAAACAAAA